AAUCGCGGUCGAUGUGUUUUCUCGUCAUCGGGAUUGGUUCGUAUUUGAAUUGUUGACGAAGCCAAGCGCUGCCGAAGAAUCGUUACGUGCACGCGUAUAUCGGCGGUAUCGCCAGUUUUUCUGGCCAUCGGGGCAGAUCGAGCUUGUUAUUUGUUUAUCCACGGAAUCAUUGACAGUGCGAAGAAGACAUUAACGUGACCUCCUGCGGCGAUUUCAUGUGUAAUUAACAUGCAGCCGCGUUCGAAUCCUGCCGCUACUCGCCAUCGCCACGGAAAGACGACAAAAGACGAUUAACAUCGAGGGUGCACACGGUUCGCUGGCUAUUCGUACGCGUUUUACUGUUCGUUUUUUCGAGCACGUGCAAGCUUGACAACAAAGUUGCGACGAGUUUUCGACAGGCGCACAGUGACGUACCACCGCGCCGCGAAGCCUGAGAAUCCGUUUGACCCUCGCCGGACGAACCCUGGAACAAUUUUUUUUUUCUUUCUCGACGUAGUUCUGAUCUAACCCGAAACUGCGGUUCUGUCUGUGAAUAAAUUCACCGGUUAAAUUUUAGGCGAUCCUCGAUGUUUGCCGCAAACGUGCGUACAUAAAUACGCGCGACAUUCCUGUUUUCGUAGUCAUGUUCUUGCGAUAACUUCGAUUCCCGGUCGCUUCUCGUGUAGAUCGCAAAAAUUCGGGCUCUUCAAUGAACUAAGGUUGCCUCGAUACGCGCUGUUGUAUACCGUUCAUGCACAACGAUCUUCAGGAUUCGACCUCUUUUUUGGAAGUAUUCCGAUAUCUGCCGUCGGUCAUCAUAGCUGUCCACUGCAUUCGCAUGAAUUUUAUUUGACAUACAGGAAGAAGUAACUUUCACGUAGAUCGAAACAGGGCAGUGACUUCUACACUAACAGUUCCCCCCGUUCGCGUUAUAUUUUGGAGUAAUGGCACAAUUACGUGGAGAACAGCGCCGUUCAAGAUAGUGUCGAAGGGGAGACAUUGUUCACGAUACGUGCGUGGCCACUCGCGUGCGUGCAUGGAAAAGAAAGACGACCGCAGGACCCCGAGGUACGAAGGAGCACGCGGCGGAGCAAGGUGGCUCCGCUAACGGCACGAGCGGCGGUGAAAAAAUGUCGAGCGCCGCGGACAGUCCCGAUGGGCUGGCUCUGCAGUCACAUUAUUCCUUACGGUGGAAUAAUCAUCAGACCCAUAUACUCCAAGCUUUCGAGGCGUUGCUGCACGCCGAGAUACUUGUCGACGUGACCCUGGUAUGCGCCGAUAACAGCUACAAGGCGCACAAGGUUGUCCUUAGUGCCUGCAGUCCAUUUUUCGAGAGGAUUUUUGCGGAGCACCCGUGCAAGCAUCCUGUGAUCGUGUUGAAGGACUUUCCUGGAAACGAAGUUGAAGCGCUGAUCGACUUUAUGUACCGUGGCGAGGUGCGGGUCGGUCGCGACAAUUUGCCCGGUCUGAUGAGAGCUGCGGAGAGUCUGCAAGUGCGUGGAUUGGCGUCGUCGGAGCCAAGACCGGCGUCCCCGCCGGAGACGCCGACCGCCGAUCUUCUUCUGGGCGAGCCGUCGACGCCCGAAGGCGCCAGGCACAGCACUCCGGAGGAGGACGACAACGCGUCGGAGAGCACGGCGCCGGCAUCCACACGGGAACCAAUGACGGCCACGACGCCCACAAUCUAUCAUCCGGCGAGGGAUCAUCGAGACAGGUUACCGCACAUGAGUCACUUGAACUUUGGGAUGCGCGAGCUACGGGAGAGCUGCCCAUCGCCGUUGUUACCUCGUCGAAAACAGGCCCGGCCGCGGAGAAGAUCCAGUGAUCUCGUACCGCAGGAUCUCAGCCGACCGCAUCCGCCGGCUAGCCUGAGCCCACCGACGAGCGGACUGAACCUGAGCGGCGGCAGUCAACUGCAGUCACAGCAUCACCAACACCAUCAACAGUCGUCGAUUUCGCAGAACCAGCAACACCAGCAGGAGGACAUAGCGGAGAAUCUCUCGAUGAAAAGGACAUUGUCACCGAGUGGACUCGAUCAACAUCAUAUGAAGGCGGAGAGCAGCGAGACGACGAGUAGUCCGCGAGGAUCGCCUUUAACCGGCACGAGUCUGUUACAUCCCGACGGAUCGCUCCAAGAUAUUCCGUCUGCAGCAGCAGCAGCGGCGGCGGCGGCGGCUGCAGCAGGCCUUCCAGGGAUAUCGGCGUUGUCGUUGACGCCGCCGCAUCAUCACAGCGAGUACCUGACGAGUCUGGGCCAGCUGGCGGCCCAAUGGUUGCCAAAUCAUCCGCAGAGCCAACUGCCACCACCGCAUCCGGGUCAUCAUCCGCGGGAAGGUAGUCCGCACGGGUCGAGCAGGACACACCCUUAUCAGCAGUCCCAGCAACAACAGCAGCAGCAACAACAGCAAGAAUCACCGCUGACACCGCGACGUAGUUCUGUGUCGAUGUUCCCUUUGGACGGUGUGGCGACCCUUGGCGGAGGACUGUUCCCUCACGCCGGUGCUCUCGACAGGGGAUCCCUUUUAGCGGAUAUCCACGAUAGCUUUAAACCGGAAACGCUGCACGGUCUGUUCGGCGCGGCGGGGCUAGGCGGUCAUCAUCCAGGAAAGAAGCCCAAGAAGCACAGGGGCGACGGCGACACGCCGCGCAGAUGGGGUGACCACGGAAGUCGGGGUUUGCCGGUGGGAAGACCGAAAGGUCAGCACAGCGCGCCCAGGGGCGGACCCCCGAGGUCGUGGACGAACGCGGAGCUGACCGAGGCGCUUCAGCACGUUUGGAAUAAGAAGAUGACGACGUCGCAAGCGAGCAGAAUCUUUGGUAUUCCGUACAACAGCCUUCUGAUGUACGUGCGAGGGAAAUACGGGAAGAGUCUGAAGCUCGAGCAGCUCCGAAGGGAUUGCACGGGCGCGACGGCGGGCGACGUCGUGAUGAACUCGUUGAACAACAACGUCAAGACCGUCCAACCGCCCACGCAAAUGGCCCACCCGCUCUCCGGUCUACCACCGCAUCCAGGCGACGACAGCGGAUUUCCUCAUCAUUCGUUGCUAGGUGGUAACCUGCCACAGGGUUUCUUUCCCGACUUUGCGACCGCGGCGUUCCCCGUGCCAGUUAGUAUGGUGCAUUUGCUACCGCCGAGCGAACAGAAGGCCUUCGAACCAGCCGGGAACUCGGGCGGCGGUGGCAAUGGCGGCGGCGGCGGCGAACUCUCUACUUCGCGGAAUAGUCGAACACCGUCACCGAUCGAUCACCAUCACCACCAUCAUCACGAAUCACUGCAGCCGCAGCCGCCCCAAUCGGCGCCCGCGCUACUUCAACAAAACGGUUCGGAUUAGAAACAAAUGUCGCUUUAUUCGUGAUCGUAGAUAUCCGCGAUAAUAUUUAUUAUCCUUGUUCAAGGACCACGGACACGUCAGUGUCCCAUCAAACAACCAUCCCGUUUAACUCGACACGCGCACACGGGACACGUUAUCCCGCGUCAUUGCGCGACCAGCGUUCGUGCACGCAUCGGGUACACGGAUACAUAACACAUACACACAGACACAUAAACUGAGAGAGAGAGAGACAACCGCACACGUACACAGAAAACACAUACACGCCGAUACACAUGGCCCCGAUUUUUCCGCGAGAUUGUUCUCUUUUUCACAAGACUGACUAUCACCGAUUACAGCUCCCGGGGUAAAUUCGACGGACGUUCCGCCCUGCUCAAUCCACACUUAAGCCACGCUGUCACUGCGUUUCACUUCCUUUUCCAUGUUUCUUUCGACUUACUUUGUCUGUCUUUCUCCGUCAGCAAAAAUAUUGACGUCGCCCCCUUUGUCCGUCGAUCGCGAAACGCCAGACUCAGUCGAGCGUGCCGGCGAAAUUCUCUCUCACGAGCGAGAUCCGUCUCGCUUCCUUCGACCCGGUCUUCGUCUUCUUGGUUAAAAUUAGUGGCCUAUGCCCCCCCGAAGACAGCACGGGGCAAGAAGAAAAAAGGAAGAACAAUGAAAAGCGAUGGAAGCGGAGGAGGAAGAAGAAGAAGAGGAAGAGUCAUCACCGGUGUCUUUUCUGGUGCUCGUUCCCUAUCACCGCUACUCACUACCGCCGCCGAUACCAUCAUCCCACCCGACCUCCGCGACAACCCUUUCUACGCAUUAAAAGUUGACGGAAAAGCGGUACCACUCCGGCUAAUCAGGAUGCAUCGAGGCGUUUCGAAGCGGAGAUUUUCGCCGGCGGGCGAGACCACUCGUAUCAUCACUAUAAAUAGUUCCUGCUACAAGAGCGAUUAUACCAAAUAGUACUGUAAAACGGCUGAGUAAAUACGAUGGCUGCUGUAUGUAAUAGCAAUUUGCUGGAAAAUGCUCACACUCCGGUUUGGCUUGGGAUACCCGCGAACGAGCUCGCCGUGAAAGUGACGUACGAUAGGGAGAGAGAGAGAGAGACGACGACGCGCUUUCUACUUCGAGGAUCCUGGUGGCCUGUGAUGUACACGAGGUAAGGAUCGAAAGACUUGAACAAUAGCGUUUAACUAUAUACAGUUUGUUAAGAUGACCUGUUCCAAACACGCGGUCGGAGGUAGCAAGGCGACACGCGCGCGCGCGCGUAGCCAAACGCUUCGAAACGAUAGUUACCAGAUUCUGACAAUCAUGCAGCAUAUACGAACGUACACGCCGAUUUCUAUUUACUCAGUGACAUUUCGUAUUCGCGAUAAUUCUUAUUCACCGUGCAGUACCCGUUAUCCACCCGACACCGUGUAUCACCGUCGCGUCGCGCGGACCGUUAAUUAAGUAAAACUCUCGUGGGAUAUGGUCCCUUGGCUGCCUCCGCGGACCGCGUUCAAACGAGCUUCCAGUUAAAUAUUAUUUUAUACGUUUCCCAACCACGUUGACCGAGGAUAUACAUAUUAUACAGCUUGCACCGAUAAAACCGCACGUACGUCACUUUCCCGCGCGAGCCGUUCGCGAGUCGUCGCCCGGUUGGAUUCCGAUACCGAUAGAACGCCGCAAGAAUUCUUACGAACUAAUCUGCGCUGAUUCGUAGAACAACGUUACGAUCGGGGAGAGGGGUAGGUGUUGCAUUUUAUAGUCACUGGGGCUGGAUGCUCGCGGGGGCUCGCCAAGAUUCGUGCUCCGGAUGGGGUAUGAAGUUCGUGAUCCAGUCGAUCCGGCACCGCUUCCGGUGGGUCGAUGUCACUUCCGGGCACUGUUUCAUCUUUAAAUAAUGUUUUCGGGAUCGCUGUAAUAACAACAGGAACAACAACGCUCGGUUCUUAUUCGUUGACACUUGUUGCUUCGUUAAUUCUUCUUCUGUAUACUGUAUUCUUCGAAAGCGAUCCCGGCCGGGGAUUCGACGAGCGUCGUCGGAACAGGCGUCGCUGUUACGUUUAACACGAACAAAUCGACCGGUCGACUCGUUGUGGUCGAGAGCCCCGCGAAGUCGCUCGGAAGACGGACGAAACGAUGCUGCCCCGACGCUUGUUCUUCUUUCCGGCGCGAGAAGGAAAUCCCGUCCGUUCGCGCGAAUCUUGGCGAGUGCCUCGAUGGGGAAGCGAAUGCACGCUCUCGGCGAACGUAACGAGAUGGUGGCAGAGUCCUGUUCGAAAACGGAACGAUAGAGACGAAACUUAAUAAGCGAGAAUAGACGUGGGACGAGGAAUAAACGAAAUACGGUGUGAAAGAGGACGAACGAAAAAGAAAAUUCGUGAAUACGAUACGGACGAAGAACAAUAUUGAAAUUUUAAUCGUAGACCACAAUUUCGCAACAAUAUUUCGAUAACCAGACGGAA